AUGUCAAGUACUGAAGGUGGGCCACAGGGUUUGGAGUCGCAAGAUGAGGAGCGGGCUGUUGUGAAGGACAAGAGCAUUCGUGGUCCGAAGAAAGGCAAAGCUGUAUCUCAACAACAGUUUAGCACGAAGGGCCACAAAGUCCCCCGGACGAACAAGUAUGCGCAUCUACGAAAACCCUCAGAAGAUUCCCCUACCGAUGAAGGUUCACCUGCCGACGAAGUUUCACCUGCCGAAGAAGGUCCCCCUGCGAUGUAG